UGACCACGAAAAACAUAAUACAAGUUGAUACAAGCUCUUUUAAUCGUUGUGUUCUAUAGAGAACACAAAAAUUAGCAGUGUUGAAAGAGCCCACGUACCUUGUACAGAAAGAGUAGCAAGAAAACGGGAGUGCAGAAAUCGAAAAUCGAGUUGCCGGAAUCCGAGUAGAAAAAAAAGAGAAGGAAAUUCGAUUCGAAAGAGCGCGCGCAACGGGAACACGCGAUUCGUCGAAGCGUGCGGUGCCAGCUAACCAGUCAGCAAGCGACGAGGAUAGGAGAGGGACGGAGCGUGUACAAACAGGCCAGAAUCCUCUGUCCUUUUUCCUCUCUCGGGCGACGCGCGCGCCGUGCUGCCUAGAAGGUUGGAAGAGGCAAAAGUGACAGUGUGCAUUUCAGUUCUGGUUCGGACUCUGUGAGGGACGGUCGCGUGUUUCUUUGUCCCGCUCUGCCUCUCCUCGCCUUGCGCAAGGAGUUCCAGGACCUGUUUGUGCAACAAAUAAACCAGUACGAACUUGUCCACGAGCAACAGUCACAGUUCCCAAUGAUAACAAUAUAACGAUUGUGUUGUUACGUAUAAAAGUUGUUCGCCAAUGGUUUUGAACCUUCGUGGAACAAUUAAAAAAGAAACAUUGUAUCGCGAUUGUGCGGAAAUAUAUAUUCUACCGUGUGCGAACAUUAACCGAUCUGAUUCACGAUCAUUGAUCGAAUGACUCUCGUGGUGUUGUACUUCGCAAUCACUGAUCCGAGACAAGUGGCCCUUAAUGUCUCGUGCGCAGGACACAAAGUUUCCAAGUUCACGUGACGAACAACUGCGGUCAUCUUAGGACAUCUUCGAAGAAGAGUACCCCACUGCCCGUCAUCAGUGUCAGCAUCUUCGAUAGCGUGGCGAACGCUGUCGUAACCAGUACUAAACAACAGGCAGGUGGACUCCUGCGGUGAGGAGGAGAUAACUUGUCACGGUGCCCCAGGUCUGUAAACAAAAGUCAGUCAAGCUGUACGGGCACAGGGAGCAGGAAGACAUGCUCACGAUGGAGACGGACCUAAAGGGCGGCAGCCUGCACGGCCAGAUGCCACCGCACCCCCAUCAGGGCGUCUCGCCCAUGGGCCAUCACACGGGCGUUGUCUCGUCCUACGGAGCUUUGGGCUCCCUCGUACACAGCCCAUCCCUGUCGGGCAGUCCGCCCAGCAGUGGUCUCGGCAGCCUCUCAUUGCAGCAGCACCAUCAUCAGGCGACUCAGCACCACUACGCCUCGAUGCAUGCUGCCGCUGCGGCUGCUCAGCAGCAGGCCCAGCAACAACAGGCCCACAGCCAGCAACACAGCCAAUCGAUGCACUCGUUGGGACAGCAGCAAAUCAGUGCCCAGCAACAGCAGCCCCCGCAGCAUCACCCACACCAACAACAGCAGCAGCAACAACAACAACAACAGUCCCAGUCGCAUCAGCCACCCAACAACAAUAACAGCACCAGCAAGAACAACAACCUCGACCGGGUUAAGAGGCCGAUGAAUGCGUUCAUGGUGUGGUCAAGAGGACAGCGUAGGAAAAUGGCUCAGGAGAAUCCGAAGAUGCACAACAGCGAGAUUUCAAAGAGACUCGGUGCCGAGUGGAAACUCCUGAGUGAGUCGGAAAAACGGCCGUUCAUCGACGAGGCCAAGCGGCUCCGGGCUGUGCACAUGAAAGAGCAUCCAGACUACAAGUACCGACCAAGACGUAAGACCAAGACUCUGCUUAAGAAGGACAAGUUUCCGCUUGCCGGUGGUGUAGCCGGCGUUGGAGGAAUGCUUGGGGUUGAGCACCAACGGCAGGUUGGUAACAGUGCCGGAUCCCAACAAGUCAGUCGCGAGGUCUAUCAGAUGCCCAGUAGCUACAUGCCCAACGGGUAUGCGAUGAUGCAUGACCCGACGGCAGCUUACCAGCAGCACUACAGCGGACAUAUGAAUGCUGCUGCAGCAGCCGCGGCAGCUGGCUAUCCCAGGUACGACAUGGGUCAUCAGCUAGGCGGUGGUAGUCCCUCGCCCCUCAACAGUUACAUCAACGGAUACGGCGGCUAUGGGUCUGCAGCAACGACGACGGUUCCUGGUGGAUCGCCCUCACCCUACCAUCAGGCCCAGCCUGGCUCCCAGAUGUCCAGUCACAGCCCGUCGGGCAGCAGUAUAAAGAGCGAGCCCACGAGUCCGGCUAGCGCGGGCAUACACACGCCCACGCCCAGUGGGCCAAACUCGACGAGUGGACCCCAAGUCAAGAGGGAGUACAUGACCCAGUCGCAGCAGCAGCAACAACAGCAGGACAACAGUUUCCAGCAAAUGAUCUCAAUGUACAUGGACCCAAACGCCAUGCAGCAUCACAACGUGUAUUCGCCUGGACCGUCGCCUGACUCCCUCGGACAGCAUCAGUCGGUCAUGCCACCUCUAACCCAUAUGCCGGAGAGCGAUAGGAAAAUGUUGAACCCCGAAACGAGCUGCUACUCCGAGUCCAUACGAUCGUGGGACUGGAACUCGACGAGCAACGUGCGCGUGCAGGAGUCCUGGCCCACGUGAGCGCCGUUCACAAUGAAAAAUCCGGAUUUCAUCGAAGACGCCGGCUCUUCGCGCUCCUUGGACGAUUCGAGCGUCACGAGCCAGACAACUGCGGCCUAAAGAGAAAACUCGACACUGUUCCAUGAGCCACCAGAACCGCUUAUAAAAAAAAAAAUAAAUAAAAAAAAAGAAUAAAAAGGAAACAAAUAUAAUUAAGCUCGUUUUAAUAAGUUUGUAUGUAGUUCUCACUUUAAGAAAUGUAUUAUAAUGUAAGUGUUGACUAAGCAAGCGUCGUUAAGAGAUAAAACUUUAUUAGGGCACUUGAAAAAAAAAUAAAAAUAAAAUUAAAAAAAAUAUCUCUUUUUAAUUGUAAAUACAAUGAAUUAUUAUAAAUAAAAUCUGUAAUUAACCAUCUAUACAUCUUGUAAUUAAUAAUUUAUUAAAGCUAAAUCGAAAAAAACAAAAAAAAAUCAAAUAAACGUUCUUUAUCCAUACUUCGAAAUAUUCAACUUUUUCAUUAUCAAAACCUGUUCUAUCCAUAUCCUUGAUAUUGUAUUUUUUAUUUCAGUGAUUUCACAAAAAAAAAUUAAGUUAUUGCAUAGAA